CUGGGGGCCCUGGGCAGUUUCCCACUUUGGUAAUCCAGCCUUGGUCAAUGUCCAAAGUCCAUUAUAGCCUAUUAUGUCAGCCUAUAGUAGGUCUAAGUUUUCAGGACGGGCUUAUUUUGCUGCUAAAACCCCUGGUGACAGCUCUCUCUGUAUCGGGUUGGUUGGACUGGACAGUGCCACGUGGACGACGUCACUCGGUUUUGGGUCUGAACUCUGGUAGGUGGGGGUAACGGGGGUGCACACGGCCAUACAUAACAAGCUAUUUGGCUGCAUCAUGCCGAUCAUAUUAUGGAAAAUCGUUGCUCUUCAUCUCACGACCAUAACUACCUUCUCAUACUGUUUUCGUAACGAUGUGACUUCCGACGAUAAUCUACAAAUACCAGCGAUCGCUAAAUAUUUCAGCACAAAAGGGAGGUAUGAGGAAGUGAACCCGUACCUCAUAGAGGACAUACUCGCUGUAAACAGAUCGAUUUUACAGCCCCCGUCUGCGCAAUGUCGCGAAAUCCAUCUGACUGCAAUAAUAAGACACGGCACAAGAUACCCGACGACCAAAAACGUCAAGAAGAUGCUGAAGCUUUACGACCUCGUCAAGACCAGCGCCUCCGGCAAACAGAACUGGCUGCACGAAAUCCAGACCCAGUGGACGAUGUGGUACACUGAGGACAUGGAUGGCCGACUCGUCCAGAAAGGAGUGAGUGAUCACAAGCAUCUGGCCGUCAGGCUGUCAAAGCUGUUCCCCUCACUGAUUUCAGAGCAGAAGCUUCGAAGUGGACUCAUCCAGUUCAUAACCAGCUCAAAGCACAGGUGUAUCAACAGCACAAUAUCCUUUAAGGCAGGACUGACAGAGUUAUGGGAUAUUAAAGAUCAGGAGUUUGACCACGCAGUGAACGAUGCCCUGAUGAGGUUUUUCGACAAGUGCACCAGGUUUGUGCAGGAAGUUGAUAACAACCCCUCAGCUUUGACAGAAGUGGACAAGUUCAAGCAGGGACCAGAGAUGAAGAGGGUCCAGGAGAAGAUCGCAGACCGUCUUAGAGUCCCAUACAAUACCAUCACAGAUGACAUGGCUGAGGCUGCCUUUUAUUUGUGUGCCUAUGAGUUUGCCAUAAAGACCGUGAACUCCCCCUGGUGUCAGCUCUUCGAUGAGGUCGAUGCUCAGGUUAUGGAGUAUGCAAAUGACCUGAAACAAUUCUGGAAAAGAGCCUAUGGUUACGAUAUUAACAGUAAGUCAAGCUGCAUUCUCUUCCAUGAUGUCUUCAGUCGUCUGGACAAAGCAGCCAACGAAAAGACAUCUGGCCAGCAGGUGACUGAAGCUGUGACAGUCCAGGUCGGUCAUGCAGAGACCCUCCUGCCACUGCUUACCCUGCUGGGCUUCUUCAAGGAUACCCAAGCCUUGAAUUCCACCAACUACGCCGCACAGACCAACCGAACCUUCCGAACCAGCCACAUGUUGCCCUAUGCAGCUAAUUUAAUCCUGGUGCUGUACGACUGUGGGGGAGGCGACCUGAGACUGCAGCCGCUGCUCAACGAGAAGCCUGUGACUUUCCCAGGUUUAGGUGACCAGCAGGCCUCCAUGCCGCUCUAUCAAAACGUCAGAGAGCACUAUCGGGAACUGCUCCAAGGUUGUGACUUUGAGAAUGAGUGUCAGCUGUUCAAGCAUCCUGAAGAGGUUUAGGCAGACAUAAUGGAUCAUGGAAAAGAAGAUAUUAUGAUGGCUUUCUAGUGUUUUAUUCACAAACUGGAGUGAAAAUUGUGUUCCUAAAGGGAGCAUCUUAGUCUGAAUGCUUGUCCUAUGUAAAUCAUCUCACUUUUUGACCUGGUUAUUUAUCUGAAUGAAUCAACAGAGAGGCAUUACUCAUCCCCAUGUCCUAUGCCUGAGAAAAGGUUGCGCAUUUAGUGACUCUGAAACACCCCAUGAUGUCAGGCUAGGAAUUUCAUUUUAAGUUCACCUGUACCAAAACAGUAUUACUACUGCUAUACUGAUAUUUUAAUCUUGCACAGGUUCUUUACAUUGUUGCAAAACUUAGAGCAGAAAUUAAAGAGUUUAUUUUUGCAGUGUGCACAUUUUAAA